AUGGGCAACGCUCCUCGUGCAUGCUCAACAUGCAGGCAACGGAAGAUCAAGUGCGACAAAGCCAAACCCUCCUGCGCAGCAUGUGUCAAAGCAGAAAUAGAAUGCAAGGCCGUCAAGACACGCGACAUUCAAUUUGUGGACACAACUCAAGCUGUUGCACAACGCUAUCAACGUAUACGAACCAAAAUCAAGGCUUCACCCUCAUUGGAAAAGGCAAUGCAUCCUGAUAUAGAGACGCAAGCGCUAGCAUUCUUCGCGCGUUACUAUCUUUUGGACCCAGUGCCAAACGGUGGACCUCAUCCUGGACUUUUCGGGCAUGUCAUGCCCGCAGUCUCUGCCUCCCGGAAUUCUGCAGCCGCCAUAUGGCGUAUGGAUCGAAGCCUGGCCGUGAGCAAUACUAGAAUCUUAGGUCGGGUUAUCAAGAGCCUGUCUGAUGACCUUCAGAAGCAUGACUCCAGACGAAGCGAUCUGACUCUGUUGACCACGCUAUUAUUGCAGUUCCACUCCGCUUUCGAGUCUUUAUUGUUUUGCAAGAAGAGCAGAAUCGUGCAUCACCUUGGUGCACUUGCUCUAGUCAAAGAGUUCGGCCACCCGUCUACUUGGUCAGCCAUCGCUAGGGAAUUUGUGGGUUGUCUCAUCCAUCUUGAUAUUACAGCUGCCAUCCGCGAAAAGCGUCAGGUACAUACUGAGGUUCGCUAUUGGAGUUCAGUGAUCCAUUCAACCUCGACAGAUGCCAUCAGACAUCUGGACAUUUUAGGCAUACAAGUCGCCGACAUGCAAUUUCGAGCUUGUACGCUCUCGGGAGGUAAAGAUAUUUGCUUAUCAUCUACAGAGGUCUACAAGCUCUUGAAUGAGAUCCAAGAACUCGAUCAGUCUCUUGUCCUGUGGCAAGGACUGGUAUCGAGGUUUUGGGGACCGUUCAGCUGGACUCCUUCUGAAAUCAUCUCUCCGCCGAUUCAAGCAUUCCAAAGAUCUUGUCAUGUAUACACCUCGAUCAACGCAGCUAGGAGAAUGAAUGACUUGCGAAGUUAUCGCUUGAGUCUUGCAUUGGUAUCUCUCAAGCUUAUCGGCGAUUUUGAGAAGAGCAAUCCCGAGUUUUGCACAUCGAAUCCCAGCCAGAACAGGUUCCAUGUACUCGAGAGACGUAUUCAAUGGCUGGUCGACGGUUUCUGUGAAUCUGUCCCUUUCUGUCUUGGCAAUAGGAACAGAGUCGGGACUCUCUUGGACUUCGAUGAUCCGAUCUGGACAUUUCCCACAUGUCAUGACAUGACCAUGUCCGAGAUGUAUGGUUUAAAUGGACGACCGGCAGAGCCAGUUGGUCUCGUGUCUCCCUCGGACCACUAUGGCCAUGCUCUCACUCAAGGCUCCUGGCUUAUGUUGAGUAACCUUGCACUAUUGGUUGCCACGUUCACAGUCAACAACAUCUUGACUCCGUCAUUCUCGCUUAAAGACGGCCAAUUACCAUGGAUAUGUCAUCAAUAUCUUCGUAAUCUAUCCUUGAACUCAAUCAAGUGGACGCAUGAUAGCUCGCUUGUGGAGAGCGUACUCACGGGACUGGAUCUGCCUCCGACACAAGUACUGAUUUCAGAAGCAAGUAGAUGCGUACGAUGCGUCUCACGUGGACUUCAACUUAUCGAUGAUCUGUGA